AUGUUUCUUCCAUCUGCAUUUGAACCUCGUCACCCUCAACCAAUCAGCAACGGAGUGCCCUUUCCCGGUCUAUCCUCUCCUGAAGCACCGCUUGGGCCCCUUCCUCUCGAUUUAACGAAAGGCCAUCCGGCUGAGCAACUGAUUAAAGCUGCCGAGGAAAAGUACCAGAAGCUGGUUAGCGGACAAUCCAAGUCACUGGCCGAAGCUGUGGCAGAGUACCGGCGCCGGAACGGAAUAUCCCCCCCUCCUUUCUUUGACAAAUGGUACGAGUUUGCCGUGCGUAAUGGCGUGCAGCUCAUAGACGAAUUCGAUACUGUUUCCCGGCAAUUGCUUCCAUUCUGGGCCCUAUCCCCAGCGACAAUACGAGAACGGGUCAAGCUUGCCUUGGGAAACGAGGAGAAUGCUCUGAUCGGGGUGAUGAUACGGGACGGCAAUGUCGUUAAGAUCGAAAAUGGACAAGAAUGGCAGCAACAGGCGACCGUCGGGAUGAUGAAGGAAUUUGUGCAAUAUCUACCGGACAUGGACCUAGGGUUCAACAUCCACGACGAACCGCGUGUUGUUGUUCCCCACGACCAGCUAGCAGCACUGGUGCGAGAUGCACGGCAAAAAAUUGAAGCGAUUGCGAGUCGACGCCAGAGUCCUCGUAACUCGUUCUCGGGACGCCCAUCUGAUCUGAAUGAUGGCAAGCACUUCGACAUAGUCACGACCUCUCGGUUCAACAGGUUUGCUCAUCAACAGACCUGGACACAUGCUCGGUUGUCAUGCCCUAUGGACAGCCAAGCCCGCAAUUACGGGGACAACAUCCCGGAUAAUCUCACCUCCUACGCUAUAGGUCCGUUGAAGUACAUAUACAACCAGACGGCCUUCUCUGACAUCUGCAACUCGCCCUCCUUCGCAACCAGCUUUGGGUUCUUCGAGCGACCCAAUGCUUUCAACAUCAUCCAUGAACUGACUCCCGUCUUUUCACAGUCCAAGAUCUCCAGCUUUCAGGAUAUCCUCUAUCCGAGCCCUUGGUACUGGUUCGGCAAAGUAGGGUACGACGAAGACCGUGACACCACAUGGGAGAACAAGACAAACAGUCUGUAUUGGCGUGGCUCAACGACCGGCGGCUUCAGUCGAGCCGGAGGCUGGAGGAGACAGCAUCGACAGCGCAUCGUUCGGCGCCUGAACGCGCUGGACAAGGAGAAGAUUCUCGUCGCGACUGGUGGAAACGACGAAGCAGGAUACAAACUCCAACAAGUGGAACGACGCGACUACGAGAAAUUCAUCGACGUCAAGUUCACGCACAUCGGACAGUGCGACCCCGGCGACUGCGAUGCACAAAAGGAGUUCUUCCACGUGGCGGAGCAUGCAGAUGGCCAGGAUGCGUGGUACUACAAGCACCUGCUCGACAUGGACGGGAAUGCGUUCUCGGGCCGCUUCUACGCGUUCCUGAAAAGCAGGAGUCUGACGUAUAAGAUGGCUGUGUUCCGCGAGUGGCACGACGAUUGGUUGUAUCCUUGGGUGCAUUAUAUUCCGCUUUCGCUGAAUGGGACGGAGCAUCUGGACCUCGUGCAGUGGUUUGCUGGAGGUCUUUCCUCGCGGCGUUCUGGUACGCAAGACGGAGAGGGGGGAAAGGUGGAUGAUAAUAAUAAGGGUGGGAAUGGCGACUCUAUUGGCGAAAAGAAGGCACGCGAGAUCGCGCAGCGGAGUACGGAGUGGGCGGGGAAGGUGCUUCGGAAUGUGGACUUUGAGGUCUGGUUCUUCAGGCUGCUUUUGGAAUAUGGUCGCAUCAUAGACGAUGAUAGAGAUAAUAUAGGAUACCCUGGCCCGUAG